CUCCACCACCCAAAUGUCCAAGCGCCUCUCCUCUCUAAGAAGAUAAGCUCUUCCGGCAGCGGAAAAACCCUCACUCUCUGCACCCGCCAUCUCCUUGAAAAACCCUCACUCUCUUUCCCCGCCACCUCCUGGGCAAGCUUUCUUCUUCUUCUUCUCCUUCUCAAAACCGUAAAAUUCCCCAAGCCGCAUUCUCAUGGUUUCCAUUCCUUGCAACUAUUCUGUGGCAGCUCGCCUACCGCGGUUCCCUUUCCUCGCUGAAACUCGCCUCCGUAACCUCUUACCCCUUGCUCGAUUUCACAGAUGCCGACCCGCUUCUGGUCCAAUAAUCGCCGCUGGGUCUAGCCCUUCUGGCACCGAUCCUCUCGACGGGAAGCCGCAGCCGCCGAGGACGCUAUUCCCCGGCGGGUUCAAGCGGCCGGAGAUCAAGAUUCCUAGUUUGGUGCUUCGACUGAGCGUGGAUGAGGUGCUUCUCUGGGAAGAUGCCGGCACUGCGCUGGGCGAAGCGGUUUCGAGGGGAGUGGGGAUUGUCGUGCUCGAAAUUGGGAAGCAGAGCGGAGGCCAGUUUUACGAGGCAGCCUGCUUGUUGAAGUCGCUAUUGGGUGACAGAGCUUACCUUCUAAUUUCGGAGCGUGUGGAUGUCGCCGCCGCAGUUGGGGCCAGUGGCGUUGUUCUCUCUGAUCAGGGCAUUCCUGCCAUUGUGGCAAGGAGUAUGUUGUCGAAAUCCAAAUCUGAUACCGUUUAUCUUCCCAUUGUGGCAAGAGAUGUACAUAAUGCAAUCUCUGCAGAGCAUGCAUCAAGUUCUGAUGGUGCUGACUUUAUUAUAAUCAGCAAUGGAGGUGGAGGUUGGAAUAGGGUGUUUCAAGAAUCAUUUACCCAGCAUGUCAAGGUGCCCAUUUUCUUAAAUAUGGAAUUUUCUGACAGUUUAGCCACUGAUGCAGUGUCCACAUUUCUACAAUCAGGAGCUUCCGGUCUAGUUAUUUCCAUAGACUAUCUGAAGCUAUUCAGUGAUGAUUUCUUGGAGAAGAUAUUCUUAACCAAACAUGGUCCAAUAAGUUUAUCACAAGCUGAAUAUGCAGAUUCCACUAGAGUGAAAAUAGAUGGUUUUACAAGUAUGUUUAAUGUGGUGAAAGGGAUUGCUGGAUUUAUGAAACUUGAGGACAAAGAGAUAAAACUUCUAGAGAUGGAAAAUCUUUUGUUACAAGAAGCUGCUGCAGUUAUACACAAGGCUGCGCCAAUGAUGAGUGAGGUUGCACUUCUUGUGGAUGCUGCUUCUCGCCUUAAGGAGCCCUUUUUGAUGGUUAUUGUGGGCGAGUUUAAUUCUGGAAAAUCAACUGUUCUAAAUGCUCUCCUUGGAAGAAGGUACCUAAAGGAAGGAGUUGUUCCUACAACAAAUGAGAUUACUCUGUUAUGCUACUCUAAGACGGAUUCCAACAAACAGGAACGAUGUGAAAGAAAUCCUGAUGGCCAAUUUAUAUGCUAUUUAUCGUCUCCAAUUCUCAAGAACAUGAACCUAGUUGAUACACCAGGCACAAAUGUGAUUCUUCAAAGGCAGCAACGUCUUACUGAAGAGUUUGUUCCUCGAGCUGAUUUGGUUCUUUUUGUUCUUUCAUCAGAUCGGCCAUUGACUGAAAGUGAGGUCUCUUUUCUUCUAUAUGUACAGCAGUGGAAGAAAAAAGUUGUUUUUGUUCUAAACAAACUGGAUCUUUAUCAGAACGCCAGUGAGCUUGAGGAAGCUACAUCAUUUAUUAAAGAGAACACACUGAAGCUUCUUGGUAUAGCAGAUUUGAGGUUGUAUCCUGUAUCUGCACGUUCUGCGCUGGAAGCAAAGCUUUAUGCUUUGUCUUUUAGUGCUCAAAACUAUGAGGAGCUUUUGUAUAGAGAUCCUCGCUGGAUUUCUAGUAGAUUUCAAGAGCUAGAACAUUUCUUGUUUAGUUUUCUGGAUGGUUCAACUGACACUGGUAUGGAAAGAAUGAAGCUUAAGCUCGAGACACCAGUUGCUAUUGCAGAGCGUUUGCUGGAUUCUGCUGAAAGACUACUUUUGCAGCAACAUGACAAAGCAUCUCAGGAAUUGAUCUCUAUUAAAGAAGUUGUUAGUAGUAUUAAAGUUUAUUCUAUGAAGAUGGAAAGUGAUAGCAUAUCAUGGAAGAAAAGGGUUGUUUAUAUGAUCGAGGCAGCAGCAGCUCAAGCUGUAAAGCUCAUGGAGUUUACUCUUCAACUUUCUAAUAUUGAUCUUAUUACAACAUAUGCUUUCAAGGGGGAAAAGUCCAGUCCUAUAGCUUCAACUUCAACUUUGCAGAACGAAAUCAUCAGCCCUUUUCUCUCUGAUGUGCAGAGAUUGCUUGUGGAGUAUUCAGAAUGGUUGCAUUCUAAGAUUGUUUGUGAGGGGGAGCUUUGCUUGGAUCGUCUUCAGAAACAGUGCAAUAAUGAGCUCGAUAUUGGAGAUGUCACGCAAUCAAAAACAGUGGGAUUUCUAGAACAUGGGGAGGAGCUCAGCAAAAAGGUUAUGGACAACUUCAGUGCCAGUGCCGCUACAAAACUUUUUGAACAAGAAAUUCGUGAAGUUGUUUUUGGAACUGUUGGAGGGCUAGGGGCAGCAGGUCUAUCUGCAUCGCUUUUAACAUCUGUACUACCAACGGCAUUGGAAGAUCUUCUUGCACUCUCUCUUUGUUCUGCUGGCGGAUUUUUGGCAAUAUCAAAAUUUCCUUCUCGUCGAAAGGAAGCAAUACAGAAGGUGAGAAAAGUAGCUGAUGGAUUGGCUCGCAAAGUGGAAGAAGCCAUGCAGAAAGACCUUUUGGAGGCCACUGAGAAGCUAAAUGACUAUGCUGAGUUCAUCAGCAAACCUUAUCAGGAUUCUGCUCAGCAAAGGAUAGAUUGGUUGCUGGAAACUCAGCAAGAGUUGGCAACCACAGUGCAAAAGUUGCAGGAUUUGAAAGUUCAAAUCCAGAACCUUCAUGUAAGUUGAUAUUUGUUCACAAUUCCUCUUUCUUUUAAGCACUCAGUUUGAUUCCUUAUUUUUUAUUUUUUAUUUUAACUGAAUAAAAAUAUUUGUUAGGUAAGUUAUAACUCUGAAGUUAAUUUCUUUGGCUUGAAGAAACAGGCAAAAAACGAGUUUGAAUUUA